AUGGAGAACAAGUUAUCCAAACCAUGUUGGACAUGCCGGAAUCGCCACGUCCAGUGUGAUCAAACGCGAAUGCCUUGUGCAAAAUGCAUAAAGGCUGGUCUUGAAUGCAGUGAAAAGCGGCCUGUCCGCUGGGUCCAGGGAGUGGCCAUCCGCGGUAAGAUGCAGGGCCACAUGUACAUGUGCUCAGCAGAGAAGCCAGUAGCUCCGUUGUCGAAAAGGUUGAGCAAAAUUGUGUUCAAGACUCAUGCGACGCGGCCGUCGAUCCGUGGAAGUGCUGUGUCAAAAGGCAAUCGCUCCUUGUCGAAACCGUCUAUCAGAAAGCGGCGAAAUACAGACAACGAUGGGACAGUAUUGACGAAUUCUACUGUCCUGGACCCAGACCAUGGGUCCAAGUACUACCUAGACUAUUAUCUUGAACAUAUGUGCAAAGACUUUGUCUUUUCGCUAACAGAUAAAAAUAUGCUCAAAGAUCUGGUCCAAUUCUCCCUGAACGAUUCCGCACUGCAAAAGAGUUUGAUCGCUCUUGCUGCCCGUCAUCUCGCCAAUAGAGGGCAGUCUUUCCAUCAAGUUGACGCAAUUGCAUCCCAAGACAGCACUACAGCCAACCAAAAAGCCCUCGUAUUCAAACAACAAGCGAUGCAGGCAUUGCUAAAGAGUCUAAGCGACCCAGUAGAGUUUAGUAACGACAGAACCAGAGCCAGUAUCUUCCUCUUCAUUCUACUUGACCUCAUGGAGUCUGGGAGCUCUGGGUGGGAUUCCCACCUAGAAGGUGCGAAACGGUUACUCCAUCUCAACCAACCCACGAGUGAAGUGACAGGCCGAGUUUUACCGGAACAAAAGAGGCGAGGCAUGAGUCAGGACCUUCAAGCCUUCUUGAUGCGCCAACUCUAUUUAGUCGAGAGCCUGGGAUCAUUGUUUGCUCGCCCUGGUCGUGCUACAUCCCUACCGCAAGCUAUCACCUUUGACGAAUAUUCAAUCACACAUGAAUCUAUCGAUGACUCAUUUCUGGGGUGCCCGGUGUUCUUGUUGAGAGCCAUCCGGUUUAUCUCCACGGAGAGAGACCUAAUCUUGGCAAAGCUGCAAGAUCUGGGGCUUGAAGCACAAGAGACUCGCAAGCGAUCCCUGGAGGAAAUGAUUUCACUUGUUGAAGCAUUUGACUGCGACAGGUCGCCCUUCGAUAUCCCAAAGGAAUUCUCGUCUUCUUCCGGCAAUCAGGACGAAGCACACCACCGGGGUGCCUUGUCCAAAGCUUAUAGAAUUGGCAUCUUGAUUUACGGAAAGCGAGUGCUUGAACCACUCACUGAAGGCCGUACGUCCAGCCUUGUCGACCUCGUAUCAGAAUUACUGAGCUUACUCGAUACCCUGCGGGAUAAUCAAAACGUUCUCAAGUGUGUCCUCUGGCCUUUAUUUGUCGCAGGUCUAGAAUGCCAGUCCCCACACCAAAGAAAACAUUUCCUCAUACACUUGGAGAAAUUUUGGAUGGCUACCAAAUGCUUGAACGCGAUACACGCGGCUAAGAUAUUGGAGGAUUAUUGGCAAGAAGGGGGCAGUAAUUCGAUACCAUGGCCUUUCGAUAGCGGGCGUUUUGGCCGUGUUUGGCUUUUCAUGUAA